AUGCUGUUUACAGCAGGUUCGCUUUUCACCAAAGCCAUCUCCUCUCCCUUACCGAACGUGGCGCACUACUACGGUCCCUCAUAUUCCAAGCUGUACGACGAUCAGAAAAACUACAACGUAAGGGUCGCUUCAGCGGCCUGCGCCGCCACCAGUAUGGUGGCCGCAUUCACCGUCUUUUACUGGUUUUGCCGCAUGGAGAAGCGCUUUCGCCACAGACUCAUUAUGCUGCUGAUAUUUGGGGAUCUGAUGAAGGCACUGUGGUUGUUUCUACAGGCUGUUGUGUCACUUGCACGCGGCACGAUAAUCACAGAAAGUGCCUUCUGCCAGUCCAGUGGGUUUUUCGUACAGUUUGGAACUGAAGAGAGUGAUCGCAUCGCAGAUUUUGCCGUACUCUGCAUUGCACUACACAGCGCGUUACAAGUGUUCAGACCUUCCAACACGGUUCACUCGGACGGACUGUAUCCACACCGGCACUAUGUGUAUGCCGGUUCACUUCUUAUUCCCGCCAUGAUGGCCGCUUUGGCAUUCAUCAACCCGCGAUGGGGUUACAUGUCGCAGGGCCCUUAUUGCUCCCUUCCGUUGAGACCAUUCUGGUACCGACUGGCAUUGCAAUGGAUCCCUCGCUAUUUGAUUGCCAUAAUAAUCCUUGGUCUUGCGAUUGCGAUCUAUGCUCAUGUUGGCUUUGAGUUUCGAGCAUUGUCAAAUUCAGUCAAAGAGACCAAGCCUUCGAUCUCAACCACAACUCCGAUCUUUUCUGUCGGAAGCCCAGAAGAUGGUUCUGCAAAUGGUCCGGAAAUGUCACAGUAUCAAGUGAGCCAUUUUGGUCGAGACUCUUCUGUGGUCUCCAUGGUCGGGCAAUCACGCAGAGCAUCUGGUGUCGCCUCGGUGGACUCUCACACCAAUACCGCUAGUGAUACUGCUCACGGCUCUUCGAUCCCGGGCAGUCCCCAUACAGUGGAUCACUGGUACAUGCUCCCACAGUUACAAACCUACGACACCGCCAAUACAGCGAAUGCACCCAGCGUCGAGAAGGGGAACAAGCCUCCCCGCAACAUCAGCGGAGACAACUCUGACGGAAACACCUCUCCCUUCUCAGACGCGCCCUCGCAGCACCUGCAACGCCAACUCGCCCAGAAAAGGGCCCGCAUCCAUCGCCAACUCCGCCUCAUGUUCAUCUACCCCAUCGUUUACGUGCUCGUCUGGCUUGUCCCCUUCAUCAACCACUGCUUGACGUACCAAGACCAUUUCGCCGCACAUCCACUCUACUGGCUUUCUAUGAUCAACGUCAUCUGCGUGACUUCUAUGGGCGCGAUCGACUGCCUCAUCUUCUCCCUCCGCGAGCGUCCCUGGCGUCACAUUCCCUCUUCCGAUGGCUCAUUCCUUGGGUCUUUGGUCUGGUGGCGCAGAUCUCCUCCCUCCAACGGCGCGCUAGUCUCUUCACGCGCGCGUCCCAGCGAUGUCCUGUACCAUGUGAACACAGAAGCGAAUCCAGACACGCCGCAUGUGCGGACGGAACAGGGCUGGAGAGAUAGCAUGAUGCGUGCGGGCAGGAAUGUGGGGACACAUAGCAGGACGAGCGGGAGUAGCUCGGACCGGGCGAAGGCGCAGGCCGUGAUGGCGCGGUCGAGGUUAGAGCUUGAGAAAGAUGAUCGAAGGGUAGCGAGGGUGAUGGACCGGGGGGAGGAUGCGAGCAGGACGCCGAGGGCGAGGAGGGGCACGGCAUUGACCGGGCUAGAGACGAUUGAGAGCCCUGAGGAGGAGACCAGGGUGGAGCUUGGGGCGGAGGAGAAUGAUGGCAGCGGUGAUGCCGAGGGGUGCUAA